AUGAGUCAGGUGCCUGUGGGUAGGGCUACCCUCGGCCGCAUCAUGAAUGUCAUUGGGGAGCCGAUCGAUAAGAGGGGUGAAAUAAAGACCGACCACUUUCUGCCCAUCCAUCGUGAAGCUCCUUCCUUUGUUGAACAGGCAACUGAACAACAGAUUCUUGUGACUGGAAUUAAGGUCGUGGAUAUGCUUGCACCUUACCAGAGAGGUGGAAAGAUUGGGUUGUUUGGUGGUGCUGGUGUUGGGAAGACCGUGCUUAUCAUGGAACUGAUUAACAAUGUUGCCAAAGCUCAUGGUGGGUCACGGAAUAAUGGGGAAGCCCAUUUUGAACGCUUCUUUGAUUUCUCUAUUGCUUACUUUAAAAUUUUUAAAAAAAUAAUUAAUUUCAUCGCAUCAGGUGGUUUCUCUGUCAUUGCUGGUGUUGGUGAACGUACCCGUGAGGGUAAUGAUCUAUACAGGGAAAUGAUUGAGAGUGGUGUUAUUAAGCUUGGAGACAAACAGAGCGAAAGCAAGUGUGCUCUUGUGUACGGGCAAAUGAAUGAGCCCCCUGGUGCUCGUGCUCGUGUUGGGUUUACCGGGCUGACUGUAGCUGAGCACUUUCGAGAUGCUGAAGGGCAGAACGUGCUUCUCUUCAUUGACAACAUUUUCAUUUCAGCCAAGCAAGUUGCCUUAUUUAUGAAUUUAUUGAAGAUCUGGUCAUCCUUCUGCAUGGUAUUAUCAUAA